AUGGUGAAAGGCAAGCCCUUACGUCUUGCCUCCAAGACCCAUAGCUGCGCUACCCUGUACUCGGGGCAGUCUUUCAUGGAGUCGCAAUAUUGCAAGCAAGAAGCUGAAGAUAUCGAUGCAGAGCUACGAGAGACGCUCAAAGCGCUGCAGUUGAAGGCCCGGAAGAUCGAGUCCCUGCGUACGACAGAGGAUGAUGAAACCGGGCUGGCUUUACCGGUAUUGCCAGCUGAGAGGCCUAUUGCGACCCCGGCUCGUUCGAUGGAUGUGUUAGUACGACCAGUGUCUACAGAUGCACAGCCUCGUUCGCAGCAGCUUUGGGACAGUGCUUUUCCCAAUGAUUCUGAAGAUGCUGCUGGUCUCAAUGAGGGAACCACCAGGGCUGUGGAACCUGAGACCUCGCACGUGUCAGCUGAAUCGCAGGAACCCGAAACCCGAGAGCAUGUGGAAACCCAAGAGCCCAUGGAGACCGAGCAUCCCGCAGCAGCCGCUGAAGCAUCCCAUGAUUCAGAUGACGACUUGAUUAUGGAUGACUUUCAUGAGCUUCGCGAACUUCUUCAUGCCAGCCUGGUCAAGGAUGAGGGCUCGCCGGUACCAGAUGAGCUUGUGGAUGGCAUCGAGGACCCUUACUGGGAGCGUGGGCCGACGAAGUGGUGCGCCCUGCUCUGGAAGGAAGCGGCGAGAGCGCAGUGCAUCGAGAGCGCAGUGAAUCCCCGAACCGUGGACACCGUGCACGAAGGGAGCCGUCAUGGAUCACCAGCCGAAACAUUGGCCACAACAACACCCAGCAGUGCUACCAAGUCCAAGACGAAGGAGAACAAGGCUGCGAAGCGGAGGGGGACUAUCCGCAUCACGGCCCAGCAGUACAAGAAUUAUGAAGCCACGUUGCGACGUAUGUGCAACAGGAAGCAGUUGAUUGUGGCGCUGAUCAAUUGCCAGGGUGACAAGGAAGCCUUCAACCAGAAGAUGGAGAUUGUUAUUCGUCAUAUCAAGGAGGGCAAGGUUGUCAUCGAGAGUGGCUACUACACGGAGGCUACCAUGAAGUCAGAGCUGAAGAAGGACAAGUACCAAUCCCAUGUGGUGGAGUAUUGGGUCGAUGUUCGCACAAGUGGCAGCUUGUCGACGAGCCACCGUGAAGAGUUCACGCAAAGCGUCGAGAUUAUCGACGAUGGUACUUCGCUACCCGCACCGACGUUGGGCAAGGAAGCUAUGCCCAGCUACGACGACUUGGAUGACGAGGACAAUGGCGAUGAAGAGGAUGAGGACGAUGCCGAUGAUACACAGACACCGAGCACACGGCGCAAGAAGAGGAGGGGAAAAAAAACACCGAGCCCAAAGAGUAAGAUGCUUGCCAAGCAGAAGAAGGAAAGGGAGGAGAAAGAAGAGGCAGUGGAAACUGCCUUGGAGGACAUCAAGAGCAUCCCAACCGUGCUCUCCGAGAUCCUGAGAUUGCGCAUCAAGGUGGACAACACCCUCGAGCAGUUGCAACAGACGGGCAGCAAGAAGGAGAAAGGAGAAAGCAGCCUCAGCAAGCAAGCCGACCAGCUGAUGAUAUUGCAUGAUGACCUAGCAGAGAUCAAAGCUGAAAACAGCAAUCAUAUGACCCCGACUGACGAGACGAUAAAGAAGCUCAAGGAGAAGCUUGCUGCCCUUGAAAAGUUGUCAAGCCGCAUCACGAUGGAGCAAAAGAAGCUGAAGCGGACGGUUCUCGAUCGCAACAAGCCGAAGAAGGGGAUCAAUGCAAAGGAGACCGAGCCUGGGGAAAGUGAGGACGAUGUGUGGUCGCAAAGCUUGCGAUUUCAAUUUCGUUGCCAGAUUUCCGGGGGCUUGCCGAGCAAAGGUGCACUUCCGGAGGAUCCUUCGUCGGCUGGAGCGGCAUCGUCCGCCUUGGUUUCUGACCGGCUGCUAUGUAGCAUUGCUGCUGGCUUCGUUGACGAAGUUCGUGAUGCUGAUCCAGACUUAGCAGAGGAUCUUAGAAGUGCUGGGUUAUUGAAGGAUUUGCAUAGACAAUCACAGACGAGACACGAAAAUGCUUCUGCGAAAAGCUUCGCAAAGAGUGGCUUAUCCUGCCCCAUACAGAUCCACAACGUGGAAGUUGCUCCUGACUGCAUGCAUCCUGUUCUGAAGUUGACGGAUUUUCUUCAAGCUUUUGCUUCCAGCAACAGAUUGGGUUUGCUCUGGGGUUCAAAGUCUAUGACGUCAAACACUGAUGUGCUACCGAAAUUCUGGCGGCGCUGGCGGGCUCAUGACCCGCAGCAUGCAGUCUUCGAGCGCCAUCGGGCGCACAUGGCUUAUGUAAUUCCAGUACAAUUGCAUGCGGACGAGGGCCAGUCUGUCAAGAAGUCAGGAGUCUUGGUAAUAAACUGGCAAUCACCACUUGGCUUUGGACUGUCAACAACGAAUGAUAGCCCUCAAGCUAUGUCCCUCAACUAUACUGGCAACUCCUACGGCACUCGCUUCCUCUACACUGUUUGCCAUAAGAAGUCCUACUCCAAAGGGAAGUCGUAUGUCUUCACUGGCAUCGUGGAGCGAUUGGCGGAUGAACUUGUGGAUUUAUUCCAUAAUGGGGUAACUGUGCAGAUUGAGGAGAAGCCCGUCACCUUCUACAUCGCCUUGAUAGGUCUUAAGGGGGAUUGGCCCAUACAAGCUCGAAUUGGGAACUUAACACGACACUUCUCCCGCAAAGGUGUGUACGAGGUUUCAGAGAAGAGUGGGAUUUGCCAUCUGUGCAGGGCUGGCGAGCAAGGCUACGAUCCCAAUGAUUAUUCAGAAUCUGCAAAGUGGCGAGACACAUACUUGAGAUUUACGCCGUGGGAUUCCGAAGGUCCCUUGUGUCGGGUGCCGCAGUCGCCGGCGAAGGAGUUCAUCCACAAGUUUGAUGUCUUUCAUACGCUUCACAAAGGCGUUUUUGCCGAGCUUGCUGGCAGCGGCAUAGCGACGUAG